AUGAAUCUAGAUCUUCCCACCGUUGCCGAACUCAAACAGGCAGCUGAGUCUGGGCAGCGGAUUUCCGCCCAAGAUGUCUCGGCGAUCUCGCAGGUCGAGAACCGAUUGACUGGACGCGGGCCGGUCCGGGGCGGACCAGCAGAUAUCUCGGUGGUUGCUGAUCGGGAGGUAGCCACGGCACAGAGUAUUGCUAUGAAGCAGAUGAAUUUUGACAGCACAGUCGAGGAAGUGUCCCGUAAGCCACAGAGCCUCAUUACACAGGAUGAUGCACGGAUUGUCCAAUCAACAGAGGGUCGCGCCUUCAAUAAACCACCCGGUAUGGGAUCCGUUUCCGCCCAAGUGCGCUCCAUCGCCAAUCGCAAUGACUACUAUAAUGUUCCUGCAGUGCCAACGGAAGUACCGGCAUAUAUAACCAAGGAAGAUGCCCGAGAGGCGCAGCGCGUGGAGAGUAUGUAUUAUGGAGGACAGAUCCCCAGCUACAGUACGGCUGCAAACAUGCAGGUCAGUCCAGGGAGAUGGGAUCUCAUGGGUCGGCGAGGAUCGUAUUACUGA